AUGGUACCGCUGGUGCGGAGCGCCGGGGGCUCCCACCAGUGGCUGCCGAUUGUUUUCUGCCUCGGCCUUUGCUGGUUCCUUCCAACCGGGAGACUCGCAGCUCCCGGGGGAGAAUUCCCCGGGGCGACCGUGGACAAUCUGGUGGUGAGGAAGGGGGACACGGCGGUGCUUAGGUGUUACUUGGAAGAUGGAGCUUCCAAAGGUGCCUGGCUCAACCGUUCCAGCAUUAUCUUUGCUGGGGGUGACAAGUGGUCUGUGGAUCCUCGGGUGUCCAUCGCCACAGCAAACAGGAGGGAGUACAGCCUGCAGAUCCAGGACGUGGAUGUGACAGAUGAUGGCCCAUACACCUGUUCUGUGCAGACUCAGCACACCCCCAGGACCAUGCAGGUGCACUUAACUGUACAAGUUUCCCCCAAGAUAUUCCGCAUUUCCAGCGACAUUGUGGUGAAUGAAGGCAGCAAUGUGACCCUGGUGUGCCUGGCCACGGGGAAGCCUGAGCCCUCCAUCUCCUGGAGACACAUCUCCCCCUCUGCCAAGCCCUUUGAGAGCGGGCAGUACCUGGACAUCUACGGGGUCACCAGGGACCAGGCCGGGGAGUACGAGUGCAGUGCGGAAAAUGACGUCUCGGUCCCGGACGUGAAAAAAGUCAAAGUGACAGUAAACUUUGCCCCCACAAUUCAGGAACUUAAAUCCAGCGGUGUGAUGCUUGGAGGGAACGGACUGAUACGGUGCGAAGGUGCAGGAGUUCCUGCCCCGGUCUUUGAGUGGUACAAAGGAGAGAGGAAACUGAUCAAUGGUCAACAAGGAAUUACUAUUAAAAAUUAUAGUACAAGAUCCCUUCUUACUGUUACCAAUGUGACAGAAGAGCACUUUGGCAACUAUACUUGUGUCGCUGCCAACAAGCUAGGGACGACCAAUGCCAGCCUGCCUCUCAACCCUCCCAGUACAGCCCAGUACGGGAUCACCGGUGACGCCGAAGUCCUCUUCUCCUGCUGGUACCUCGUGUUGACACUGUCCUCCCUCACCAGCAUAUUCUACCUGAAGAACAUCAUUCUGCACUAAGUGUACAGACCCAUAAAAGGCUUUUAAGGAUUCUCUGAAAGUGCUGAUGACUGGAUCCAAUCUGGUAGAGUUUGUUAAAAGCAGCGUGGGAUAUAAUCAGCGGUGCUUACACGGGGAUGAUCGCCUUCUGUAGAAUUGCUCAUUAUGUAAAUACUUUAAUUCUACUCCUUUUUUUUUUUUUUUUCUGAUUAGCUGCAUUACCUUGUGAAGCAGUACACAUUGUCCUUUUUUAAGACGUGAAAAGCUCUGAAAUUACUUUUAGAGGAUAUUAAUUGUGAUUUCAUGUUUGUAAUCUACACGUUUUCAAAAGCAUUCAGUCAUGGGCUGCCGAGGGGCAGGCCGUAGUUUACAAAAAAAAAGGAUAUAUUGCAGUAAAAAUGUGCUUCUUUAAGGCUGCAAUACAAAUAUUCAGUUCCCUACUUAAACAGCAUUCUAUCCACAUUUACACGAAAGCAUUUUUUCUUUUUUGAUAAAAAAAAAAAUCAAA